AUCACUUUCAUUUUUUUUUGUGAUGUCCUCUUGACUUUGGGGAGAAGUAUAAUCCUAGAAAAAGAAUUUCUGCUGUUCCAAAAGGAAGCUGUUUUCAUCAAACAGGCUUAAUCAGCUGUACACUGUUUACCAGCCAGCACUACAUGAAGACUUAAUAGAGCUGCUAUCUGGAAAAGACAUCUGGCUGGGAGAGACAAGAUGAGGCUAGAAGACGCCAGAUCGCAGACUGCAGCAGAACGCAGGGCCAGAAGGAUUUUCCCUCUUUGCACCGAGAGAGCCCAGAAACCAAGUAGACAGUUACCUGCUGAGGAGGAGAGAGAGACGUUAUUCAUGGAGGAUCCACCGAGACGUACCUGAGCUACAAGCUGCAGAGUGUGUAGAUUUGCAUCUGGCUCUCUGAAGCAGUUCUGUGGACUCCAAGCUGCAAAAGCCCCUCCUCUGGGACCAGUCCACUCCCUCCUUUACCUGCCCCUCAUCCUCAUUCAAAGGAUAGGAUGGCUGGCUCUGUGCGCCUGUGCUGAGGAGGCGUUUGCGGGCACCAGUAUGGGCGCUGUGCUGGCCGGCAUCCCCACCACCCCCUCCACCACCGAUCUGCCACCACCACGCUGCCCCACUGAAACGGGCGCCCCCCCCAGCCCCGCUGAUGGGCGAAGACACUGACGCCACCCCGACGCUCAACCACCGUGGCUUCCUCCCCGACCACAACUAUGUGACUGAAGGGCUGCUCCUGGCUAUAGCCUGAAGAGCUGCGCCCAUCCUGUCCACCCCUCUCCACCCUGGAGUCCUCCCCCAGGAUGUUGAGCCCCAUCCAGGUCCUGUGCUCCGACAUCACUACCCUUUCUCUGGAGCCCGAGCCGUUUGCCUCUUACACUGAAGCUGAUAUCAUCUCCACUGUUGAGUUCAACCACACAGGAGAGCUCCUGGCCACAGGGGACAAAGGAGGCCGAGUGGUCAUCUUUCAGCGGGAACCUGAGAGCAAGACCGAGCCAUUCUCCCAGGGAGAGUACAAUGUCUACAGCACCUUUCAGAGCCAUGAGCCCGAGUUCGACUACCUUAAGAGUCUGGAGAUCGAGGAGAAGAUCAAUAAGAUCCGAUGGCUGCCUCAGCAGAAUGCUGCUCACUUCCUCCUCUCCACCAAUGAUAAGACCAUUAAGUUGUGGAAGGUGAGUGAAAGAGACAAACGGCCCGAAGGAUACAACCUGAAAGACGAGGAGGGUCGUAUCAAAGAUGUCUCCACCGUCACCUCUCUACAGGUGCCCGUGUUGAAGCCAAUGGACCUCAUGGUGGAGGUGAGUCCGCGGCGAGUCUUCGCAAAUGCUCACACCUACCACGUCAACUCCAUCUCCGUCAACUCUGACUAUGAGACCUACAUGUCAGCUGAUGACCUGAGGAUCAACCUCUGGCAUCUGGACAUCACCGACCGCAGCUUUAACAUCGUGGACAUCAAACCGGCCAACAUGGAGGAUCUGACUGAAGUGAUCACAGCGGCUGAGUUUCACCCCCACCACUGUAACCUGUUUGUCUACAGCAGCAGCAAAGGCACCCUGCGUCUCUGUGACAUGAGGGAAGCAGCGCUGUGCGACAAGCACUCCAAAUUGUUCGAGGAGCCCGAGGACCCCAGCGCCCGCUCCUUCUUCUCUGAGAUCAUCUCCUCUGUGUCAGACGUCAAGUUCAGCCACAGCGGACGCUACCUGCUCACAAGAGACUACCUGACAGCCAAAGUGUGGGACCUGAACAUGGAGAGCAAGCCCCUGGAGACGUACCAGGUUCAUGAUUACCUCCGCAGCAAGCUGUGUUCCCUCUACGAGAAUGACUGUAUCUUUGACAAGUUUGAGUGUGCCUGGAACGGCUCCGACAGUGUGAUCAUGACCGGAGCCUACAACAACUUCUUCCGUAUGUUUGACCGCAACACCAAACGCGACGUGACCCUGGAGGCGUCGAGAGAGAGCAGCAAACCCCGGGCCGUCUUAAAGCCACGGAGGGUUUGCGCUGCAGGGGGAAAGCGCCGGAAGGAUGACAUCAGCGUGGACAGCCUGGACUUCACCAAGAAGAUCCUGCACACGGCCUGGCACCCCAACGAGAACAUCAUCGCCAUCGCUGCCACCAACAACCUGUACAUCUUCCAGGACAAACUCAACUCUGAGAUGCAUUAACGAAAGGAUGUCAGCGUUGAUUCUGACGAGUUUACACCUGAAAACACAACUAUGCCAGAAUGUACACAUUUACAGACACGCACUCACAGGAAUAUGCCUAGCCAAUAUACACACACACACACACACACACACACACGCACACACACACACACACACAUACACUCAUCUAGAGCUACUCUUUCACACACUCCUUCACCUCCUCCCUGCCUCCCAGAACUGAAAGGACCUAGUAAAGGGCUAGAGAGGGAACAGGCUGGAUUACGCAAUGGAUUAUGGAUUGCAAAAUAGUUCCAACAGUGGAUUUCUUGAUUGUCAACCUCUGGAUUUUGCUUGAUGGUGUGUUGAUUGCUACAGCUUAGCUUCUGAGGUGGAUAAACCCCUCAAACCUCAGACUGGAGAGACGUUCACAUGUUUGUCUUUUAUUUUUGUUUGAUUCUUUAGGCUCUUUUGCUUUGUCCACCUCCUCCUCUUCCUCCUCCUCUCCUUUCUGUUUUUGUGUGCUUGAGUAAAGCCUAUUCUUAUCCCUUGCCCACUGUUUUGUGUAACAAAAACCCUUCCUGGUUGUCUACCAGAGGCACUGAUGAUAAAUGGGGCAUUUACAUAACUGGCUGUUUGUUUCAUUUCAGAUCAGCAACCCCAACUUUUCUUCUUUCCUUAACUACUAGUUAAAUGUUAUUAAUGAUGGGUAUUAUGAUGACAAUGGGAAAUUAAAAUGAUAUGUGUGAUGUGAAAAGGAUGAACUCGGAACGCCCCUCCCCUCAGACCAAGUGUACCCAGACGCCUCAGAGCUCCACUGUACCAUGUUCAGUGAGCUGAAACAUCCACAGCCCUGCAGACAGAAGCAGAAUAGAUUAUAACACCCCCAGCCUGAUGUGAAGUAACAUUCAUAUCUGUUCCUCACACUGUGUUUCAGCCAUUAAUGUUUCCUCUGCUGAAACUUCUCUGAUGUGGAUCCUGCCUCUGGUCCGGGCCUGCGUCGUGUGCUACUUUGCUGCAAACACAACUCAAAUUAAGCAAAAAAACAAUUCAAAAAAAUGAACAAAAUAAAUCAACAAUCAAGCAAAAAAAUGCUGCAUGUAAAACCAAUUUAGUCUAGGUGUUUAUAAAUUGACUGACCGACUGACUUGGCUGCCUUCUUAACCAUUUAGACCCAGCUGUACAAAGGCUUCAGGGGCCCUGGGGCCCCGUGCAGCACGAGUUACCAUAGAUGACCGAGCUCUCCUACCUUUGUUUGUGUCUUCGGGCACUGAAGCAUGUUUACCAGUGUUCGGUCCAUACACUCACAUGUACAUUUUGAAUGAAGCCGUCCAAGAAUCAGUUUGUACUCGACUGAAACUGAGUUCACUGAAGAAUGGGGAAUGUUUUCAUUAAUGUUGUUCUCAAAAACAAAAAAAGUAAAAAAAAAUAAAAAUUAAAGGGCCUAAAUGGUGUCUGUAAAUAUUAACUCUGUUUUUGACAUGUUUGAAGUUUAGUUUUUUAAUAUGCACAAACAAACUUGAUCAUCUGUAUCGCUGAUCGCCUCCAAAGCUGCAGCAGAGAGAUGCUUCUUUAAUCUCUUCAGCCUUCCUCACUGAUUACUUUUCUGAUGUGCAGAAGCUUUUAUUUUUAGAGAACAGUUUAUUCUUUUAUUAUCCUUUCUUUGACAUCUGUCAACCACAUCCCGACCAAACUAAUGUUGAGUCACUUAUUUUUGUGUUAAUAUAUGUUGAUGACAACAUUGUCAAAAAGACAGUAAAUAAAUACUGUUAAUAUGUUUUUUUUCUGAAUAAAUAUUUCAACGAA